GUUUUAGAAUUAAGUAGUCUUGAUGUAUUAUGACCUACAAUAGGCCAUCAAGGUUUCGUCAUCGUCCGCAAACAAGAAGGCGACGCUCAUGAUCGCGUCAGUGUCGGUGUUAAUUGCAAUUCUAAUACUAUAUUAAACUUUUUCGAAAGUCAAGCUCAAGACCCGCUCGGUGUUGUGGUAUAAGUACAAAUAUUGAAGACGCAAAGACGCAGUCCCAGUCCACCUUCGUACAACACAAAGAAUUGCAGCUGUGGAGGCACUACAUCGGUCUCUUCUGCCCUUGUGCAUUACCUACUGGUCAUUCGGUCGUGCUUCUGCUUGUAGUGAUUCGUUCACGAUUGUGAUUCAUGCUGGCGCUAGCAACGUCCUGCUCGGCUGUGUCGUGAUAAUUUCGUUCAUCACCUCGCGGCAUUCGUACGCACGACUAGAAGUAAAAAUAAAGAUUAAAAAGACCGGCGCCGACAAACGUAUUUGCAAUUGCAAUUCCAUGAUAAUGCGCGGCAAUCAUCUUACGUAUAUCUACUUCAUCUUCUUGUCCAAAAUACAGGUUGAUGUUUCCCACCCAAGGACUCACAUCUUCCACUCCACGUUUUUGACACCUUGUACGACAAUUAACGACAAAAAAGAAGAGAAGCUAAUUUACAACUCGAUCUCUAUUUCAUGCACCCAGAUUCACUAAUCUGAAGGUGUCCUCAGCAGCUCUUGUCAAAUAAUAAGAAAACAAAAUCUUCUCCACGCACAAAAAUUGAAAACGAAAAGGAAAACGAAAAACAUGGGCAAGAAGAAUAAGAAACAGCCUAUUAACGGCGUUCACAACAUCAAGCCGACCUUCCUGCAGCGCCACCUGCCGAAAAAAGCCGCUUGUGCGGUUGCCGUGGGAACCCUUGCGGCUACCGGCGAGCGGCCGGGGUUUCUCGCGAAGCGUGCGCCGGAUGAAGAAGCGGUGGGAGUAGCGACCCCGGCGCAAAACGUGGUGUACGCUGGGCCCCCCGGGGAGGAAGUUCAGGUUGGAACCACGCCGCCUAUCGCUGGUACGAGAGUUGUACACAAGUCCUCUUACUACUUCCCGCUUCACGUACUACUCGUUCUUGGUCAUGCGAAAGACCAAAUUUCCUCUUUAUUCACGUCUUUAUCUUCUUUGACUCGCGGCAUUGUUUGUAUGUUGACACGCUUCGGAAGCCGUAGCCGAAAUAAGCGACACAGCACAAUUUAAAUAUUGCGUGAUCAAUUUCAAUUGUUCGCCACGCAAAUGAAGCUACAGCGGCAAGAAAUUCGCCAGCGCUGCCUGCUGUUUCUGUAAAAAGUGUUGCUCUGCGAAUGAGGUGGGAAGGUGGAACUUUACACCCUCAUAGGUGGCGGGUUUCUGCAGGAAGCGAAAACGACGAAGAAAGCCGUGUCGGGCGGAGAUGGUGAUGGAGCUCCAAACAAGCCAAAAACAGUUGCCAACAAAGUUGGAGACUUCGCUUCCGGUGCGGUCACGCGGACCCAACAGGGCGGCAACUAUCGACGGCAUACACAUCUGGGUUCUUUGGAAGGUUGAUAUGCUAGCUGGUGGAUCAUCGUUAGCGCACUCUGACUGCAUGCAUAUUCGACCAUGAGAAGCUUUUGCAGUUGGGCAGCUGCAGUGGCAUUGUAAUAAAUUGCAUUGCAUAAUCAUCAUGAUUUCGUGUGGAAAGGGAAACCGCAAGUUCCCGUUGCAUUCCUUCAAGAUCACAGGGACCAGAAGAAGGCAAGGGCUUGUGUUUGUGCAGCACACGACCAUCAACAUCAUGCUGCUUUACAGAUGAGUGCUAAUCUGAGAUCUAUGUCAGGCCAGGAGCAUGAAAAUAAAUCUAUUUGCUUGCCGCAAGGGCUGCAAGCUUCCAGGAGAUCUAGACAAAGUUGCAAUGCAUAGCGUGUGGGUGGCCCAGAAUUCUGGCGCGGCGGCCAAGGCGGGAGUUAACGGUGUCAUCACGCACGGGUUUGUCAAUCCCCAGAGGCUACCACAGCAAAAAAUUCACACCACAGAGGCAGCACGACAUACAUGCACAAAACAAAGCGCGCCGCUUUGAUGUGGUCCAAAGCUGAAGCUCGUUAUAAAUAUUCACACAAUCUGGUCGUGGUUCUGGUCUUGCUCUUGCUGCGCUGGCUAGGGCGGUCGUAAGUAUCAAAACAUAACAGCAUGAAUUGAUGGCACCUGAUAAAUCUUUUAUGACUUAUAGUCGCGGUCGCCGGGUUCGUUUAGCUUCUGCCAACUCGAGCCUAUGGGACAUUCUCCGGGGGGGGGAGAAUGGGCAUUCUUUGCGAGCGCGGAUGCCAAUUUUUGAGGUAUGAAGAACAAGAGAAGCGAGAUUCUAUACCUUUAUAGAGAAGCAGAUCGAGGAACGUAAGACCACGGGAAAAAAGAGCACUGUGCAAAAGUGUAGUUGUGUUGGCCUCUGGAGGUAGUAGAAGCUCUUUCGCUCCAUAUCGGAGGAAUGACCAAGCCCUGGCGUUGACGGCGGGACUGAGAACCAACUCAGAACCGGUGAAGAAAUCUUGCGGCCUGUGCUGA